UGUUUAUACAUGUUUCGAUUUGAAAAUUGGAAUAUUAUGAAUUAGAAAUCACAUAAAUAACAGAAUCGAUCACGAAAGGAGCAUCGAGAGUAUCGUAUCACCUUAACCAUCGAUAAGUAUUGUCGAUGUUUUACAAUCUACCUAGCACACACACAUACGCAAUAAUUGCUUUAGAUUUUAGAUCAUCUUGGACGGAAUGAUCGGAUCGCGCAAUCGUUGACAACUUUUUCGUAAGCACAUCGAUGUUUUAAGUCAUAUUAACGUUUAGUUUGUGAUUAGGCGAAGAAAUAAUACAUAAUAUGAACAUAUUGUAACAGCUGAGGAACAAAUGAUAUGUAUAAGAUAUUUAUACAAACCUUGCACACCUAAUUAUUUAAUUAAUAUUAAUGUUAAAUCAAUAUUAAAAUCCCAGAGACAAAGAGACAAUUAGUUAGUAUGCAUAUACUAAUACCAAGAAUCUAUAGAAUAAGAUUUGGAUUUAAAUAUUGGAAGAUGUUUAUUAUACCAAUGUGUCAGUAAACAAUUUAAAUUUUUAUCUGAAUGAUUAUAUAUAAAUCAACACAAUUUAUCACGCUAUAAAAAUAUACGAUAUAAAAGUAUAACAUGGCAGGGAAUGGGUCUAUCAUAAUACCAAACAUAAAACAAUUAGAUGAGAAUGAUCAUGUAUCUACUACAAAUGUAGAUUACUCUAGCAUUAGAGGAAAGAAUGUUUUAGUUAGUCCAUCGGAGGAUCAGUAUGAAUUGUUACUUAGGCGCUUAAAAGAGAGAGUUCAAGAUGGUGGCAGUGAAACAAUUUUUGAUAUUGGUAUCGGUGAAGACGGUUCAGAAGAUGGUUUAAAAGAAGAUGAAUAUGAAGCAUCUGUUGCUACUUUGCAGUCUCUUGCUGCAACAUUAGAAGCAGACUGUGUACUUCUACGUCAAAGUAAAGUAGAUCAAGGUCUUAUAGGUCAAUAUCUGGUGCGGAGACGGUUAGAUAGGCAGGAUUUCCUAGAAAUCAGAGUGGCUGUUGUUGGCAAUGUUGAUGCUGGAAAAUCAACACUUUUGGGUGUAUUGACACAUGGAGAGCUCGAUAAUGGUCGAGGCUUAGCGCGUCAAAAAUUAUUUCGACAUAAACACGAAGCCGAAACAGGACGUACUAGUUCCGUUGGAAACGACAUUCUUGGAUUUGAUAGUGUUGGUAAUGUAGUAAAUAAACCAGAGCAUGGAUCCCUGGAUUGGGUUAAAAUAUGUGAGAAGUCAUCUAAAGUUAUUACAUUCAUUGAUCUUGCUGGACAUGAAAGAUAUUUAAAAACAACUGUUUUUGGAAUGACAGGACAUGCCCCUGACUUUGGUAUGUUAAUGGUUGGAGCAAAUGCUGGUAUUGUUGGAAUGACAAAGGAACAUCUAGGUUUAGCUUUAGCUCUAUCAGUUCCAGUAUUUGUUGUAGUUACGAAAAUUGACAUGUGUCCACCAAAUAUAUUACAAGAAAAUUUAAGGCUGUUAAUAAGGAUCUUAAAGUCCCCGGGUUGCAGGAAAGUACCCGUUACGGUAAAAACGCCUGAUGAUGUUGUCGUUAGCGCUACUAAUUUUGUAUCAGAACGAUUAUGUCCUAUUUUUCAAGUAUCGAACGUAACAGGAGAAAAUUUGAAUCUUCUUAAGAUGUUUCUAAAUUUAUUAACUGCAAGAAUGAUUAGUCAUGAAGAUGAACCAGCAGAAUUCCAAAUAGAUGAUACAUACUCAGUACCAGGAGUUGGUACUGUAGUUUCUGGCACAACAUUGAGAGGUGUCAUUAAGUUAAACGACACUUUAUUAUUAGGACCUGAUCCUUUAGGUCGUUUUAUUCCAAUUGCAGUAAAAAGUAUACACAGGAAGAGAAUGCCUGUUCGUGAAGUGAGAGGUGGUCAAACUGCUAGUUUUGCAUUGAAAAAAAUUAAAAGAUCACAAAUUAGAAAAGGUAUGGUAAUGGUUGCACAAGCAUUAAAUCCUCAGGCUUCUUGGGAAUUUGAGGGGGAAAUUCUUGUAUUACAUCAUCCUACAACAAUAAGUUCUUGUUACCAAGCAAUGGUACAUUGUGGAAGCAUAAGGCAAACAGCAUCCAUAAUUUCUAUGUCGCAAGAUUGUUUAAGAACAGGAGACAAAGCUUUAGUACGUUUUAGAUUUAUAAAGCAUCCUGAAUAUAUAAAACCAGGACAAAGAAUAGUAUUUAGAGAAGGGCGUACUAAAGCAGUGGGCAAUGUAGUGAAACUUAUUCCAUAUUCUAGUACCACAGUCAUACAAACAUGUAGAGCCAAUAAACCAAAUAAAACAUCUCAAAAUCGACAGAGCUCAUCAUCUACGAUGCAAUCAUUAGAUACAACCGAAACAAAUUCUUCAUUAGAAGGACAGACAUCAAAGCAAGAAAAUUUUCUUCAAAAAUCUAAUAAACGACAAAAUAAAAAAGGUAGAGGACGAAAAGGAGGACGAUCUCAUAAUACUGUAAAUAGUAUCAUUCAACCACUGUCAGAACAAAAUCCUCCUACAAAACUGUGAACUGUGUUUAUGUACAAAGCACUUAAACAUGUAUAUACACACACGCGCACGCGCGUGCACACACACACACACACACACACUAUAUAUAUAUAUAUAUAUAUAUAGAGAGAGAGAGCUUAUUUUGCAAGUUUCGAAAAUUAAUAACAAACAUCUUUUUAUUCAUAAGAGAUCGUUGUUUUUUUAAUAAUGUAAAUUCAAACGAAAUUUACAGAUAUUUUUUAGUUAAUUUUCGAGAACUGUAAAGAGAGUAUACUGUUUAUAUAUAAAACAUUAUUUUAUAUAUAAACAUAUAUUAUUUUAGUAGUUAUUUAUAUUAAAACAUAUAUAAAAUUAUAACGUAUAAUAGUGACAACUUCUAUUUGGUUUGAGGUUACUUGUAUUCUUAAGGAUCGUGAUUUUUCACCUUGAAGUAUAAAAGUAACCCCUGAACUGUUUCAUAUAACGCACAUCGUGCUCUCAACCCUAUUAGAGUACAAAUCGUCUUUCACAUUUUGACUAAAUUAUCAAAAAUAUAGAAAUGUCGUUUUUAUAACGAUAAAAUGACAAAAUAUACGUUGUUAUUCAUAAAGUGUUUUAUUUUUAUAAACACAAGUAUAUCUUAAAAUAGUAUUAAGUACAUAUAAUCUAUAUAUAAAAGAUAUAUAUAUAUAUAUUUGUUUCUUUUACUACUAUCGAGCACCUAUGUCGUAAUUGUUAAUGCCUUUUUGAAAUUUUAUCAAAAGUAUAUUCAGAUGUUCUUUCCUCGUAUGAUAAUAUUUGUGCUUAUUAAGAUAAAAUUUCGAAAAAAUUAUUAAUUUUUCGAAUAUAGCAUUGUACUCUUAUAAAUGAUGUAUUAGAAAUAUUUAUCUAUUGUAAUAUAUUUGCUGUAGUUGUAAUAUAAAAUUCAUUUUUAUGCAUGUGAGAAGAACAGGAUUCUUACAGAAAAAAUAUAAAAUAAUAUUAGAUAUGCAGCAUAUGAAAUUGUAUAAAAUUUUUAUAUUAAAUACACUGUAGCACAUCCAAGAAAGAUCUUUUUAACAGAAAGAAAAUGUAAGCUAAUGAUAGAACAAGUGUUGGUUAAAAAAUAAAAAUAUUGAAUGAGAAUAUAUAAAUACUUAUGAAUUAGUAAUAUAAAAGGGAGUUUAAGAUGAUAAAAGAAAUAUUAACAAUAUCACAUUUAAUAAUAACAAAAUGGAUAGGAAGGAAACAAGAAAAAUAUAAGACGUAUAAUUACUAAAUUAUUAAUUAGUUAUUAUUAACUAAUACAAAUCAUAUUGUAGAUGCACAAGUAAAAAUUCUCAUGAAACAUGAUAUAUGUACAUAUUAUUUUCAUUUUCGUUUAUUGUACUAUGAAAAAAAAUAACAGAAAUAUAGAAGAUUCGAAUUUGUUUUUAUACUAAAUGGAAUAAUAAAUUUCAAAAAUUAAA